GACACUGAAAUGCAAAUGACUGACAACUAAGGUUUGAUAUCAAACAGUUACACAGGCAUUCUCUCUUUGACCAAGAGAAUGAGCAACUGUGGCCAUCCUUAUUUUACUACCACUGAGCAGGAAGAGGAAGCCAAGCAAGCCGCCAGCAUUGUGACACACCCAAUUCAACUUCCACCAUCUCUAUCAGCACACAACACUGUAGGUCAUAUGUGAGGGGGGUGAGUGUUCCUCUUGUGUCUGCAUCAGUUACUCAGACACAGACACCAGCAGCUAGAGGUCAUGGAGCCAAAACAGAUCAAAGAGGGAUAUCUGGUCAAAAAGGGCACAGUGUUGAACUCGUGGAAGGUGGUGUGGGUGGUGUUGUCUGAUGAUGGGGUGGAGUUCUUCAAGAGAAAGGCAGACAGUGCCCCCAAAGGAAUGAUCCCACUCAAGGGAGCUGUUCUGACCAGCCCCUGUCAGGACUUCAGCAAGAGGACGCUGGUUUUUAAGCUCAGCACGGCCAAGAAACAGGACCAUUUCUUCCAGGCCACACACCUGGAGGAGAGAGAGUCCUGGGUGAAGGACAUCAAGAGGGCCAUCACCUGUUUGCAGGGGGGCGUAAAGUUUGCCAGGAAGUCGACACGGAGGUCCAUUCGCCUCCCUGAUACCAUCAACCUCAGUGAGCUAUACAUUCUAAUGAGAGACCAGGAGAAUGGAGUCAAAGAGCAGAAGCUGGAAAAGGAUAGGAGAGUCUACAAUCACUGCUUCACAGGUGGUACGGUGGUGGACUGGCUGAUCUCUAAGGACAAGGCCAGGAACAGGCCUGAGGCUCUGAUGUUGGCUACAGGACUCCUGAACGAAGGAUUCUUACAGCCCGCAGGGGACGUGUCCAAAGAGGGGGUCGAGGGAGGGGCAGUGUCCACCGUCCUCGAUGAGCCAAAUGCACUCUACUACUUUGCAGACAGUGGGUUCUUCUGUGAAGGCUACUCCAGUGAUGAAGACGUGAUUGUGAAGGAGGAGUUCAGGGGUAACAUCAUAAAACAAGGCUGCUUACUCAAACAGGGACAUCGGAGGAAAAACUGGAAGGUGCGGAAAUUCAUCCUCCGGAACGAUCCGGCUUAUAUUCACUAUUAUGACCCCACCAAGGGUGAUGAGUACCCUCUGGGCUCUAUCCACCUGCGAGGGUCUGUGAUCACAGCGGUGGAGUUUGUUCCUGAUGCCAAGAGGUAUGAUGUUGAUGGGAAUCUCUUUGAGAUCAUCACUUCAGACGAGACACACUAUUUCCUCCAAGCCGCUACAUCUGAGGAGAGGAAUGAGUGGAUCAAAGCCAUCCACACGGUGUCAAAAACCGGAAAAUAAUCACAACAGGAUCCAUAGCUACUCUUAACACCUCACAUGAAGGGAUAUGGAAUAUGGACGGACAUGUUCAAAACAUUGUUGCAGAGCCAGAAGGAAUCCGAACCGAUCUGAUCUGAAUGAUCCUAAACUCUGCUUUUACGGUUAUUUCAAGAGUUUUAGGUUUGAUAUUGUAUUUAUGUUGAGUGAUUAUGAAUUUCCUCUUCAUGUUGAUCAAAUGCUCCCUCACUUGCUUUUCAACAUUCAACCUGAUGUGGGGGCACUCUCACCUUUAGAUAUAUUUAUCACAGGCAGGCUGUGAAGAAGGGUGCAAUGAUCUCUGUGUAGAAAAGUGUGAAGUUCUGUAGUGGUUUCUGGUGUGGCCUUCUGCUUUUCCAUCCAGCUGCCUGGCAAAAAUCAUUGCCUUACAUCAGAUAGCGUGUCGAUUUUGCCUGCACCGGUUGAGGGACGAGCGUCACGGAGGUUUGAAGCCAUCUGACGUGAGACAAUAGUGAAAAAUAGGACAGUUAGAAGAAUCUCAACAUUCUAGCCAGUUCCUAUGACCAAACAAACACAUCAUAUCCUGCAAAUAAUUUCCGAACUCUGAGGACCCGUCACUGUGGGUUUCAUGAUGUUUCUAAAUCAUAUCACUUGAUAUACACAUGGUCUCUGCACUGGCUGUAUGUGGCUGUGUACUAACUCCAUUGUCUGUCAAAAAGCCCUUACAAUUCUUUGUUCCACAGUAUUACACAUGUUAAUUAACCUCUUGGGGCUAGGUGGGACGCUAGCGUGCCACCCGUGGUGCACUCCAUCAACAGCAGGUGCAUUUCAAGAGCGGCAAAUUUGAAUCCAAAUAAAUGUCAAAAUUCAAAUUUUUCAAAAAUACAACUAUUUUACACCAUUUGAAAGAUAAACAUCUCCUUAAUCUAACCACGUUUUACGAUUUCAAAAAGGUUUUACGGCGAAAGCAUAAAUUUAGAGUAUGUUAGGACAGUACAUUUACAAGAGUUGUGUGUAAUGUUUUGUCAAGUCAAAGACAGGGUCACCAAAACCAUAAAACCAGCUAAAAUGAUGCACUAACCUUUUACAAUCUCCAUCAGAUGACACUCCUAGGACAUUAUGUUAGACAAUGCAUGCAUUUUUAGUUCUAUCAAGUUCAUAUUUAUAUCCAAAAACAGCGUUUUACUAUGGCAUUGAUGUUGAGGAAAUCGUUUCCCUCCAAUAACCGGCAGUCAAGUCAGCGUCACAAAUUAAAUAAUUAAAAUUAGAAAACAUUGGUAAAAUAUUAUAUUGUCAUUUAAAGAAUUAUAGAUUUACAUCUCUUGAACUCAAUCAACUUGCCAGAUUUAAAAAUAACCUUACUGGGAAAUCACACUUUGCAAUAAUCUGAGCACUGCGCCCAGAAAAAUACGCGUUGCGAUACAGACUAGACGUCAUGUUGGGGAGAUCUAAAAUCGAAAAUACUAUGUAAAUAAUCCAUUACCUUUGAUUCUCUUCAUCAGAUGUCACUUCCAGGUAUCACAGGUCCAUAACGAAUGUAGUUUUGUUCAAAAAAGCUCAUCAUUUAUGUCCAAAAAUCUCCGUCUCGUUAGCACAUGAUGUAAGCCAGCCGGACUUCUCGUCAUGAACGAGGGGAAAAAAUAUAUUUCCGUUCGUUCAAACAUGUCAAACGUUGUAUAGCAUAAAUCAUUAGGGCCUUUUUUAACCAGAACAUGAAUAAUAUUCAAGGUGGACGAAUGCAUACUCUUUUAUAACGUAUUGGAACGAGGGUACCCAACAUGAACUCGCGCCAGGUGUCUAAUGGGACAUCAUCGUUCCAUGGCUCUUGUUCGGUCAGAUCUCCCUCCAGAAGACUCAAAACACUUUGUAAAGGCUGGUGACAUCUAGUGGAAGCAAUAGGAAGUGCCAAAAUAUUCCUAAGCCCCUGUGUUUUUCAAUGGGAUAGGUUUAAAGUCAAUACAACACAUCAGGUAUCCACUUCCUGUCAGAAAAUGUCUCAGGGUUUUGCCUGCCAAAUGAGUUCUGUUAUACUCACAGACACCAUUCAAACAGUUUUAGAAACUUUAGAGUGUUUUCUAUCCAUAUAUAAUAAGUAUAUGCAUAUUCUAGUUACUGGGUAGGAUUAGUAACCAGAUUAAAUCGGGUACAUUUUUUUUAUCCAGACGUGCAAAUGCUGCCCCCUAGACCCAACAGGUUAAAGAUCUACUCUGUCUCCACCUUCCGGUUACUAUCAAAAAGUAAAUGUCCAAAAAAGUAAGUACUGGUUGUAAAAAUCAAGAAUUGUGUGCCUCUAUUAUUUGACAUGCGCCUUUGGUUUGUGACUCUCAUGUUAAUCUACUCCAACCGGGCAUUACGGCAUCAUGGAAGAUGAAUUGACUUUCACAAAAAAGCAUCACGUCAAACCUCUCACCUCAGCUAAAGACCGCUUCUCCAACCGUUUAUUUCAUUUAAACUCGACCUACUCUCCUACACAAGCUAUUCUUCAUACAGUUACCCAGGAUGUAGUGCUCAGCGAUUAGUGAUUUUUGAGGUUGGUUUGAUUAUUAAAAAAAUAAUCUGUUUUUUUUUAUUUCAGUUUCAAUGAUUUGGGUUGAAUGCUGUAACACAGAAUAAAACAAUUAAUAGUC